AUGCCGUUACAAUUCAUACCCAUUGAAACCUGUCAUUCCAACCCAUCAGCCUCUCCUGAAUACGGCAAUCGAGAGACCAAACAGACGGUAUCAAUAGAACCAGCGGGGGCUUCUGAAUCGUCGUCAGCGAUUGAGAGUCAUUCUUCCAUCAAUGACGAAACAGGCAGAAGUCAAGACGAGGUUGUUGAAUCUUUCGAACGACCACCCCAUGGCAUUACUGAGUCUGAACAGCCCAUGACUGUGGAAGUGGCAGUUGCAGGCGACGAAAACAACUUCAAACCCAUCUUCGCUAUUUUUACCCUUCUAGAGCACUCAUACAUCACUUCUACAGCUGUGAUCAGCAUGGGUCUACGGCGCAAGCCCCUAGCUACAUCGCACCAGGCAGUAUCUUAUUGGACACCUUUCGGCUUAUUUGCACCCACGCAUUUUGUCGCUAUGCUCAUCCGAGGAACUGAACCUGGGAACCCUCGUUUCACCGUCAACGUUGCCGUUCUCGAUGUCAUGAUUCAGUGGCAGAAGGUUGGCAUUUUCAUUGGCGAGGGACUUCGUAGCAAAGCGCAGGCGGCUAUCAUCGAAGCACGCGACCUGCGUCGGCUCAUCAAUGUGAGCCAGCCAUUGCCCCGAAUAAUAAAAGGCAUCGAAGUGGACAAGAAUUCCGCAACGACCUAUCCUGAGAUUGGACGCGAUGAAGGAUCACCGUUGGAUCAUAGUUCAUCUAAUCUGUACUAUGUGGGGCCGGGCGACGCCAACCGGCUGUGCCCACCCAGUCCGGCAUCGGCGCUAUCCCGAUCCCCGAGCCGGAUCGAGGCCGCCGGCUCGCCUGAUACUCCCAUGAAAGCUCGUCUAUCAUCUGCGCCCACAUCUUUUGAAUUGGACGAGUUGUCUCGGUGCUCAAGAGAGGCUCAAGGACAUGGGGGAUUGGCGCGCUUGUCACACGACGGUCACGAAGCACUUCGCGACAAGGUACACGCCAAAGGCGACAUGGACUCUCCCGAAUCUCACAUCUGGCAAUGA